AUGGAAGACUUACUGCGAGAAAUUGGUUACUGCUGGGUAGACAAGACAGGUGAAGUUGUGAGAACGCAAAAAGGUGUGGUGCGAACAAAUUGUGUAGAUUGCCUGGAUCGAACCAAUUUAGUACAGGGAUCUAUCUCUCAAUGGGUUUGCAUGCAGCAAGCGCAACGUUUAGGACUGUUUGGCCCAUUAUGUGAGCCACCUGAGGCUUUAGUUGUAUUGUUACAAAAUAUGUGGGCCGACAAUGGUGAUGCGAUUUCGACUCAGUACGCUGGAACUGCAGCAUUGAAAGGAGACGUUACUCGAAGUGGCGAACGACGUCUUACCGGAAUCAUGAAAGACGGGUAUAACAGCGCAUCACGUUACUAUCUCUCUCAUGUGCGAGAUUCAUCAAGACAGAAGGCCAUCAACGCCCUUUUGGGCAACAAAGAUCAGGGCAUAGAAUCGAUGCUGGAAGGAGAUUCAGACUCAGAAGAAGAUGAGAAUGUCAGCCGGCUUGUAGGUGAAACGGUACAUUUUCUGCUUCCUGAAGGAGAGGUUGUUGUGGGGGGAUGGGCUCUCUGUGACUCACAACAGAAUGGAGAUGCUGUUGACACUAUUGUUCUUCUCACAAGAACGAAACUUUACGUCGCUGUUUAUGAUGAUGAUGUUGAGAAACUUGCGGAAGUUAAGAUUGUGCCUCUUGAUGACAUCAUAUCAUUAGAG